AUGGCUUCCUACGCCUCUAUAGAUGUUCAAGUAAACGGCAAUGACUCACACUCCUCUGAAGACUCGGUUCAAAACGCAAGUGCCACACAGCCACUUCCUUUCCGUGGAGGCCACUUCCUCGACGGUUCUAUUGCUGGCUUCGAUGCCCCUUUCUUCUCAAUUUCAGCUCAAGAAGCGAGGGAUAUGGAUCAUUUACAGCGAGGUCUUCUCGAGACCACAUAUCGAGCUCUGGAGAAUGCGGGUCUAUCUUUGGAAAUGGUCGUGCUUGAAAUUUGA